AUGGACUCGUGCGCGGAGGGUAUCACCAUCGCGGACUUUACGCAGCCGGACCAGCCGUUGAUUUACGCAAACGUGGGAUUCGAGGUAAUGACGGGAUACAGCGUGCAGGAGACCGUAGGGCACAAUUGUCGAUUCUUACAAGGGCCGGGGACGGAUCAAAACGAACUCAACAAGCUUCGGAAUGCGAUUAAGAAGGGCGAGGCGGUGACGGUGGUGUUGAAGAACUACAAAAAGUCUGGCGAAGAGUUUAUGAAUCAGUUGUCGCUCACGCCAAUUCGUGACGCAGACGGACAAGUGAUGUACUACGUGGGAAUCCAAUCCGAUGUCACC